CUUAUAAGAAUAUGUCAUUGGUCGUUUGUCAUUCCAACAGACAACACUAGAAGAAUUGUGUCGAAAAUAAUAAAUUUGUUCGACGAACAGCCUUUUUUUAUCGUCGAAGGCUACUUCAUUUUUCAAUUGCCAAUUAGUUUUAAUUAACGUGAUACUAAUUAGGAUAAUUUAUUGCAAAACGAAAGUAAACAGUAGAUAAGGAAGGAACCACAAGCUAGAAAACAAUCGUAGUCCAGUGUGAGAGUGUGUGCGCUAUUUUGUAAUUUCACAACAAGUUACAAUAUCGUCAUAGAGGCGGAAAUAAAAAUUUCAGUUUAAGUUUAUAAUAGAACUGCGCGAAAUUCAAUCGUUAACUUUAGUCGAUCAUCCUAGCAAAAUGUCUUCACCAUGGGGAAAAAUCGAACAACCUGAGCCCGUUGAAUUUCACAACAUUAUGUCAGAAGAGUAUGCUCGCGGGCUACAAGACAAGGAGAAUAAGAAGUUCGCACAGAAAUUCAGACAACAGUACAGUGAUCAAUUACCGUCAUCUAAAGCAUCCGAAGCAGAUGUAUCUGCAACAGAACAAUCAAGCUCCGAACUACCUUGUCAAAUCAGCGAUGACAUUCCCGACGAGGUUCUCAACGCGAUCAAAAACGAUAUGUCUUUGUCGUAUCAGUUGGAUGAUUUCUGUGAUUCGGAUAAAUUGAUUGCCGAGAUGUUACAGGCCCAAUUCGAUCAUGAACGUGAUGUUGAAGUGAAACGAAUCGAGAAACAACAGAAUAAGGACUCCAAAGUGUCCGUUUCGUAUAGUAAAUAUCGCACCGGGAUGGACGAUGCGCUCGAUUCGGAUUUGGACGAAGAAGAGCAGGAUGUGCCGAAGCACUGGGAUCGGUUCGAGAAGAACGAGAAGCAAAUGGUGAAUUUGCCGAAGAAGGGCUACGGAUUGGAUGAAGAUGGAAUUAUGAUCACGAAACACGACGAACGGUUAUGCGGAGUGCGGAAUGCGUGCCGUGUAAUGUCGUUUCCACCCGAAUUCAAAACAGGCGACGCUGCGGGCUUCGAUUUCGGACUAUCAAAUUCGGUGUACAAUCAACUGAAAACGUAUUCACAAAAGACGAAGAAACACAAGGCGCACGAUCGUCGUGACAAUUUUGCUACGGCUGAAAUGGGCUUGGACGACAAAACUCGAUUACUCUUGUACAAAAUGGUCAACAACCAAGUGUUGGAGCAGAUAAAUGGUAUAAUCUCUACCGGCAAAGAGGCGGUCAUUUUGCAUGCUACAAGCGACGAAAACUACGUCGGCGAAUUAACAGUGCCGAAAGAAUGUGCCAUCAAGAUAUUCAAGACCACAUUGAAUGAGUUCAAGCAACGGGAUCGUUACAUUAAGGACGACUAUCGUUUCAAGGACCGAUUCAGCAAGCAAAACAAUCGCACCGUCAUCAAUAUGUGGGCGGAAAAGGAAAUGCACAAUCUGAUGAGGAUGCAAAAGUUUGGAAUCAAUUGUCCGGAUGUGAUCAUGCUGAAGAAACACAUUCUCCUGAUGUCGUUCAUUGGUGAGGAUAACGUAGCCGCACCGAAAUUGAAGGAAGCGAUUUUGAGUUAUGAUGAACUCGAGCUGGCCUACGACGAAAUUUUGACGAUGAUGCACAAAUUGUACAACGAAGCGAAAUUGGUCCACGCAGAUCUGUCGGAAUACAACAUUUUGUGGCACAAGGACCGACCGUGGUUUAUCGAUGUUGCACAAUCCGUGGAACCGGGCCAUCCGAGCGCCUUGGAAUUUAUGAUGCGAGACUGCCAUAACAUCAGUACGUUCUUCACCCGCAAAGGUCUGUCGAAUGUGAAAACGAAAGAGGAACUAUUCUCAUCGAUUACAGGACUGGACAGUUUCGCUCACAAUGCAGCUAUGCUAGAACGUAUACACGACAAAGGUCCGUCCAUGGUAUCGGCAACGGCAUCGAAUGAGGACACGCCCGAGAUUUUCAAACCGAUCAGCUAUCCAUUCGAUUAUGCCUGGGAGAAGACUCAAGAGGAGAAAUUAAAGUUGUGCCCGUCGAGUGAUGUCUCGGAGGGAGGAGCUCAAAGCCUUCCACUCGCGGCCAAUUGAUUCCGUCAGAAGUUUGUUGAUUUUUUGCAAAAUAUAAAUGUUGUUGGGCGAAUUG